CUCUCUCUCUCCAGCGGCAAAAGUGUUGCACUGCAGCACUGCUAGCUAGGAGUAUACUAUGAGCUUGCUAGCUAGCCUGGCUGAUGGAUGGUCACUACUCAUGUGCAUAAACGUGCAUGUGAAGUGGCUGGGCAUCCAACCAAAUAUAUAAGCUACUGGCAACCGGCUGCCGGCUGCUGGCAGGUCGUUCUUCGUGUUGUAUGUAGCUUGAGGCUGAGGCCGGGAGAUGACCAUGGUGAGAACGACGAUGGUCGGCGCCAGGGAGAGGAGCGGGGGAGUGAGGCAGUACAACAGGUCCAAGGUGCCUCGCCUGCGGUGGACGCCCGAUCUGCACCACUGCUUCGUCCACGCCAUCCACAAGCUCGGAGGCCAGGACAAGGCUACGCCGAAGCGAGUCCUGCAGCUGAUGGGUGUGGGAGGACUCACCAUAUCUCAUGUCAAAAGCCAUCUGCAGAUGUACAGGAACAUGAGAAAUGAUCUUGGAAUGCAAGGGACGACGAUGCAGCUGGUGCACCGGGCGGAGGAGCACGUAUACGGCCUAGGCGGCAUGCAUAUGGAACUCUGCGCCGAUACACAGCGACGACAGCCGCAGUGCGGUCAUGAUGAGUGCGAUGGCCCGGCCUGCUGCUGCAUCGUCGUCUGCCGCUCGCCACCACCACCAAAGCCUGGAAAGGAGGCGACGACGCUGUUCCAACGCCAACUGAAAAGUGUGUUUGCAAUGGAGGAGCCAAACAACAGUGGUGCGGGGAGGAGGCGUGAGCGGGAGGAGAUGGAUGGGAGCGCGAGCCCCAAGAGGGUGCUGCUGCGAGGAGGCCCAGGCCCAGGAACAUGUGAGGGCGACGGGUCACCAUCACCACCCAGCGCCAGCGGCGGCCUGUGCUGGGCGCUCGCAACAGCAGCAGCAGGUGGCUACAACAGCUACAUGCGCAUGAUGCAAGCGGCCAUGGGGAUGGCUGCCGGCGCUCGUGCUCCGCCUCCGCGCACGCUUCGUCAUCCACCUCGUCACGCGGAGACGACGGUGGAGCCCAGCCGGGGGCCGGGAAUAAAGCGGCAGGCGCAGAUGCAGUCGGCGUCGGCGCGGCCCGGCGCACAAGGCGGCGAACACGCCGCGCCAGCUCUUCGUCCUCGCAGCACCAGCAGCAGCGAGCAGCUCAUCACAUUCUCGGGCUUCGUGGUGGCGCAGAAGCAGCCGCCUCCUCCUCCUCCUCCCUGCUGCAGCCGUGACCACCCUUUCGAGAUGGUCGGCACGGCUCUCAUCGCUCAUGGCGCCUCUGCCGAAGCGCGCUGCGGCCUGGAGACGCCGCCGAGGCUGCCCGCAGUGGCCGAACAAGCAGGCGGCGAUCCCUGCUGGACGUCGUCGGCGGGUUCAGAAGACGACCACGACGAGGAGGAGGACGGCUGCUCGCUCUCGCUGUCCCUAGCUACGAGAAGCAGCCGCAGCAGCGGCGACGAGGGCGGCCGGCUCUCGCCUACGGCGGCCACGUCGUGGGGGAGCCAGAUCAGCCUCGACCUGUCCUUGUCCACGCUAUAGAAUAGACCCGUCAUGUUGGUAUGAUGCGAGUUUGUGAAUGGGAUAGCUUCUUGGGCCUUGCGGCGGCCGGGCUGCCUUCCUGGUGUAGCGUUUCCUACAAUUUUCGCUUGCUCUUGUUGUUGUUGAAGCUCUUGGCUCGUUAGGUUAGUCCCACGUAGUAAUAUCAGUUAUAAUUUC